AUGAAAAUUAUUAGCAUCACUGCCACUAACCGCCUUUUUUCUUUCUAUGUAUUAAUUCUCACGAUUUAUUUCAUCCCACCCACUCGCCCAUCCGUUCAGUUUCUUCAUCAUUCUGCCACCACCACAACUAUCACUGCCCUUUUUUUUUUUGCACCAAAAUGUUUUUUUUUCAUUUUUUUCUUUAUUGCAUGUUUCUAUGAUUUAUAG